CCCAAACUAAAUGGCAUUGCCCUACUACUACUACUUUUCCUUCUCCUUUUUCCUCUUAGUAUCAAUUGUUACUCCACAUGAACUUUCUCUUGUACACAGUCAAGAUCUCUUCCCCCUACUCUCCUUUAAGGCCUCCGCCGAUCCUCGUGGCGUUUUGAGAACUUGGGUUGGUCUCAAUCCAUGCUCUGGGUCUUGGAUAGGUGUCAAAUGCUAUCGAAGUAGAGUUGUUGCCAUCUAUCUCGACAAUUCAUCGCUGGUCGGAAGUGCAACCCCACUUCUUCUUGGCCUAGGCCAACUUCGAAUACUUAGCCUAAGAAGAAAUGCUCUCAAUAGCACUAUUUCACUUUUAACUAACCUCACAAACCCGAACUUACGACAUCUAUCACUCUCUCACAAUCAAUUUAGUGGCACACUCAAUAUUACACUCCCUUCUUUACUCUCCUUUCGCGCUGAGCACAACAACUUCUUUGGUGGGUUAGAAGGACUAAAAUUGCCUAAAAUGAAGGACUUGAAUAUUUCAAACAACAACUUCGUUGGUGAAAUUUCCUUUGGCCUUUCUAAAUUUCCAAGAUCAUCUUUUGAAGGGAAUUUAGCUCUUUGUGGUUCGCCUCUUUCUAGUUGCAUCGAUUCCUUACGACUCUCUAAUGAUUCAACCAACACUAGCUCAUCUCCAAAUAUUUCUUCAAUGACUAGUGCUAGUUUUUGCUCUAGUAGAAGCUUAACUAAAUUUGGUAUUACCGCACUCUUAGCCAUCGGUAUAGGUGAUAUAUUGGUCAUUUCGAUCUCUCUUGCUAUUGUAAUAGGAUUGUAUAUUUGGCUAAGGAAGAAGCUUUUGAUCCCUCCAAGUUCUACUACUAGUAACCUUCGUGUAAUAGAAUCAGAUCGCGGAUACAGCGAAGAGAAGGAAAAGAAUGGUGGAUUAGUAUGCUUUGAAGGAGGGGAGGAGCUCAAGUUGGAAACUCUUCUAAAGGCUUCAGCGGAAGUUCUGGGGAAAGGGGUAUCAGGGAGUACAUACAAAGCAAUAUUAGAUGACGGAAUUAUCGUCGCGGUUAAGCGGCUCAGCGCGUUGCAAUUUCCGUCAUAUGGAAAGAAUUUCGAUAAGCAUAUGCAUGCAAUUGGAAGGCUUAGGCACAGUAAUGUAGUGAGCCUGAGAGCUUAUUGCAAUGCAAAUGGGGAGAGGCUCCUCGUGUAUGACUGCAUGCCCAAGGGAAGCUUGCAAUCACUCUUGCACAGCACUAGCAAUGAAAGAAGACUACGAUGUAGAAGUUUGGAUUGGAGGAGAAGGAAGCAGAUACUCUUUGGUGCAGCAAAUGGACUCAACUACAUCCAUUCAUUUCCGGUGCGACCACUGCUGGUCCAUGCAAAUAUCAAGCCGUCGAAUAUUCUCAUCGACGAGCACGGCAACGCGUGCAUCUCCGAAUGCGGCCUUAUGAGGUUCGCGGCGAGCACCAACACCCAAUAUUUUGUCCCGUCCUUUCCUUCGAAUCUGUUCUAUGAGGCGAGCUCAGCGUGGCACGGGCACAGGCCGGCCCCCGAGCUGUCGGGCAGGCGAGGGACGGCGACGCAGGAGUCGGAUGUUUACAGCUUCGGAAUGGUGCUUCUCGAGGUGGUGAGAGAUCAUAAGGAUGUGGAGGAGAGUAGUGGAGGAGACGGGGAGUGUGAGGGGGAGGUGAUGGGGAUGGCGAAGGUUGGCAUGCUGUGCACUGCUGAGAGGCCUGAAGACAGGCCCAAAAUGAGUCAAGUUGUGAGGAUGAUUAGCGAGUUCUUGUAAAUAUAUAUAUGAACUAUUAUGAUCUUCUUUAAUUUAUUAGUGGAGCUGCGCUGUGAGUUCUCCAGCUUUUAGCUAGUAUAUAUACCAAGAAAGAAGAAAUUACUAUCCUU